UCAUCUCUCUCUCCCUGUCCUUCUCUCCCCUUCUUUCCAUCUCUCUCGUCCUGUCACCGGAUAAGGCAUUCCGGGCGGCAAUUGAGUUAUACGUCACCAAGCCCUUCCCACUAUCUACCAAUCGGUGUAUAUUACCUUCCAUUCCCCUCUUUUUACUUUCUGACUCCUUCCUUCCCGCUUUCGGAAUGCUGGAUGUCGGUGCCAUCCGUCCGUUAAUAAAAUCCACUGUUCCCAUCCGUACUGGUCGCAUUUCAAUUCAUGCUUUCAAUCGCAUCACUUCACCCGCAAAACUGCUCUCCCUUUCGAUCACCAAUGUGCUUUUCUUCACUUACACUGCGGCUUUAAUCAACUCUUCUCUCGCAAAGUUGAUUUUAAUUUUCUUUUGGCUAUUCCUCCGAGCCCCUUCGAUCGCAAAGUUGCAUCGAGGUGUCGUCAUCGUAGACAUCAGAUUCAUUCAUAAAAAGGCCGAUUUUGGACAAAAUGCUGGACGGCAGCUGUGUGAUUUCUUCCCUGCGGAUAGGUACAAUCAUCUAGUCUUCAGGUCCUGAUUUUUUUUUACCAGAAAUUGACUUGGAAAGAAAAGGUAAAGCGAAGCCAACCUUCCAACUUCACUUCACGAGGAUUCGAAAGGAGGAAAAUCAUCUCAUGGAAUAGUAUUUUGGAAACAUUAGAUUGCAUGCCAUCGCUAAAUAAAGACAAGUCUUUGAUAUAAUUUUUCAUUUGGAUAUCUACACACGAGGGCCUGAUCUGUAGCGAAAGAAAGACCAGUGAUAUAUACCGGGCAACGGUCAUCCUUUCUUCCAGCACCACAGCAUUUUAUAAAUAUAUAACCUAUUUUCGUACACCCCACUGUACACCACCAAACCACAAAUCAUGUCAUCAUCUACGCUAUCAUCGCAGACGUCAUCGACGUCGUCGUCAUCGAGACCACGGUCAUCAUGGCUCCAGGUCAUAUGCUUGACGGUCAUCGUGUACAUUCUUAUUUUCUCUACUGCAUGCUGCCAAGCCGUGCCCAUCUGGAAGUCCACCUCACCUCACCAGCUGAGAUCAAUGAGUGCUAACAAGAUCGACGACGAUAUCGCAAUGGCCACCGGCGGCGGAAUCCCGAGUUUGCCGGCUGGGGACGGCGAGUUCGACAGCCCCGAGUCGAUACUGGAGAGAUGCAUACAGGCUUCAGCGGAUGGGGAUAUUGAGGAGAAUGUUUUUGUAAAAACUCUGUGUACCCUGGCACUAAUUCAUACCCGACAUACUAAUGACCAAACAAAUCAUCAAGGAUAUGUUAAAAGAGGUGCCUCAUCGGAUAGAUCCGCCUUUGGCGCGUUUGGUCGGUUUGUGACCCGGUUACGGUUACAUGCCGACGAGGUAGCCGACUACCAAGAAAAACUGAACCGACUACAAGCACUGGGUAUACUCGAUCCGGAUUACAACCUCAUAUCCGUGCCAUCCGAAACAGCGAGUCUAAUGAAACAACAGGGAUAAAUCAUCACCUAUUGACUAAGUGUCCAACAUUUUCUUGUCCCAGUCCUUUGCCAGAGAGAACGCUUUAGCCAGUUUUUCGGUUUGACUUUAGCUCGACUCACGUUUGAUCCGGCCAACCGGAGAACCGCAAAGUCGAAUGAACUCAACGCAAAAUAAAGACUCACCUCCUUGAAUUUCAAAGGCAGUUUCUU